AUGAAGAACCAGCUGUUCUGCAUUGUCAUAUCCCCUGCUGGUUUUUCAAUGGAUCAGAAGAAGAUCAAAGCAGUCACAUCCUGGCCCAUACCCAAAACAGUCAAGCAGGUCCAGGCCUUCUUGGGCUUUGUCAACUACCUAUGCCAAUUCAUUCCCAACUUCAGCACUGUGGCAUGUCCCCUGCACAACCUCACAAAAAAGGAAAUCCCAUGGACAUGA